AUGUCCAACUCAUUCGAGAAGUCCGUCAAAGGCGCGACCAAGAUCAAAAACGCCCCGCCGAAGACGAAAUACAUUGAACAUAUUCUCGUAGCCACACAUUCGGGAGAGGCGGGCGUCGGGGAAGUCUUUCGGGCACUUCAGAAUCGCCUGCGAGAUUCGACAUGGACGGUUGUCUUCAAGGGCCUGAUCACGGCGCAUCUGAUGAUUCGUGAGGGCGCCCCCGAUGUGACGUUGUCGUAUCUCAGCAAGCACCGCAAUGCGCUCGCAAUUAGCAAUUUCGCAGACGCGGUCACACAAGGACGCAACAUCCGACACUACGCACAAUACCUAUCCGAGCGAGCCAAAGCCUACCGCGACACGCAAAUAGACUGGGUCCGAGUCAACGAAUCCAAGCUGGAGGGUCUUUCGGUGGAGAAGGGUCUACUCAGACAGACCGAGACAGUCCAGCGCCAACUUGCUGCGCUUCUGAAAUGCGAGGUCUUCAGCGACGAGUCUGAAAACGAAAUAACCAUCACCGUCUUUCGCCUUUUGGUACUCGAUCUUCUGGCCCUGUUUCAAGUCGCCAACCAGGGCCUCAUUAGCGUGCUAGGCCACUUCUUCGAGAUGAGCAAGUCAGACGCAGAGCGGGCAAUGGAUAUUUACCGCACGUUCACCCGGCAGACGGAGCUUGUGGUCGCAUACUUGAGCGUCGCCCGGCAGCAUGAGCACCACACACGUGUCCAGGUGCCGAAACUGAAGCAUGCACCGACACACUUGGCGAGACAGCUUGAGGAAUAUCUGAACGACCCGGAUUUUGAGAUCAACAGGCGGCAAUUCAUCGCAGAACAGGAUGCCAAGGGCAGAGGCGGAGGCGGAGGGAGUACCGACAGUUCAACGAAGAAGGGGGAUGAUAUGAAGUUCCCGGAGCCGGCUGCGAACAACCCCUUUCCCAAGGCGAAUGCAUCAUCAUCAGCAAGCAGAACGCAGAGUGCGGCACAGCCUGCUGUGAGCAAACCACCAGAGGGCGACCUCAUCGACUUUUUCGAUUCAAUAGAGCAACCAGUCCCUGCGCAAGUUCAGCAACAACAAGUACAGGCCCAGCCAAGCGCAUUCGACGGUAUGCCACAGCGGAUGCCGCAGCAGACUGGCUUCCAGUCCAACAAUCCUUUUCCACAGCAGCAGUUGCCUCAGAUGCCCAUCCAGCAACAACCCACGGGCUUUUAUCAACAGCCCCAGCAGCAUGGUCUCCAGUCUAACUUUACAGGAGCCGGAUUUGGCGGGUUCGCGCCUCAGCCUCAGCAAGGUUUCCAACCGGGUGCUCUAGGCAGUAUCCCUCAGGAUGGUGUGGCCAGCUUCCAGCCGCAGCCUCAACAGCAACCCACUCAGACAGGCGGUCUCCAACCCAUGUCCACCGGAACGAACCCCUUUCGCCAGUCUAUGCUUAUGACGCAGCCCACUGGGGUCCAGAGUACUCCUGCGUCCAUGCUGGCUUCGCCUACAGGAUCCAACAGCCCCGGAAACCGCCAGUCCACUAACCCGUUUGCCCGCCCACCUCAAGGGCAGUCACCUCACACUUCAGGCAACGAUUCUCCACUUCAGACACAACAAACAGCCCCUUUCCAAGCCACGCCAACCGGUACCAACCCUUUUGCCCGCCAGCAGCCGGCAACGAACGCCAAUGCACCUCAACCCUCGACCGCCACCCUCGCGCCUCAGCCGACAGGCAGCACGAAUCCUUUCCGCCAAAGUGCUUUCGUGAAUCACAACGCAGGGCAGGGCUGGCAACACAACCAGCAGCCUAUGGGAGGCGGGCUGGAUCAACUACCCACCCAGCAAGUCUUCCCUCGUCCACUUCAACAGACGCCCUGGCAGCAGUGA